GACUUAAGCGAAAAUACUAUAUGUUAUCAGUAUAGGUUAGUGAUUCUAAUGUCGCUUUAUUCAAGCAUUUACAUAACGUUGUAACAGUGUUUUAAGAAUUUCUAAAGUACUUUCUAAAUUAAUUAAUAAAAUGUGAUGUUUAAGUUCAUGUACAUAAUUUAUAAAAAUUAUUAUUUAUGUUUUAUAUAUAUUAAUCUAUAAUACUUAUUAUUAAAAAAUGGCAGAAGAAGGAAAGAAGGUCUCUUUCGGUUUUGCAAAAUCUAUUAAGAAACCUGUAUUAAAAAAUAUUGUGCCACCAGAAGAAAAAAAAGUUGAUUAUAUUGAAUGUCUUGACGAGAAAAAUAUUAAAGUAAUAGGUGAAGAGGAAAAAAAAGAUGAACCUCUUGUCAUUCCAUUAUUAGGUUCAAAAACUUGGCAUGACAGAAUUAUUAAUCAUAUUGAUGCAGAUAUUUUUGAACCUAAAGAAAAUAAAGAAAAAACAGAAGAUAUUAAUAUUAAUAAGGAAAUCAAAUCAAAAUUAUCUAAUGGAAAUGCAUCACCACAAAUUAUAACAAAGGAACAAUUAGUAGAUAAUAAAGUUGUUACAUUAGAAGAACAAGCAGCUAAAGAAAUUAUUGAAGAAUUAAAAUCAAAAGAGCAGCAGGAAACAAAAACAAAUGAUUUUACUUUACCUUUAGUAGAAGAUCAAUCAUUAAGAGGCCAGGAACAGUCUACAUUAGAAGAUUAUGAAAGAAUUCCUGUUGAUGUUUAUGGUUUCGCAAUGUUACGAGGAAUGGGUUGGCAACCAGGAAAAGGAAUUGGUAGAAAUGAAAAAGUUGUGUCAGCAGUUAUACCAGAAUUACGACCAAAAGGUAUGGGUCUUGGAGCAGACAAAGUAACUCAACAAAAAAAUACAGAUUCUAACAAACAAGAAGAAGAACUUAAAAUAGAAAAAGGAACAUUUGUAAAAAUUAUAGCUGGAAAACAAAGUAAUAAUUAUGGUCAAAUAGAAGGAUUUGAUGAUGAUGCAGGAAGACUCAUAAUAAAAUUAGCUCUUGGUGGAAACAUAAUAUCUGUAAAUGAAUUUAUGGUUCAGCCAGUGACUAAAUCAGAAUAUUCAAAAAAUUCAAAAGUUUUAACAUUUCGAUUAUCAUUAGUACAGCUCGAAGUUCAUGAAGUAAAAACCAAGAACAUAGAAAAGGCAGUUUCAUACAUUUCAAGCGCAAAAAAGCAGAAUGCUGACAUUGUCGUUUUUCCUGAAUGCUUUAAUUCACCGUAUGGAAUACAAUACUUUCCUAAAUAUGCUGAGCAUAUUCCUGAUGGAGAAACGAGCGUCGCUUUAUCAAAAGCUGCUAAAGAAAACAACAUUUAUGUAGUUGGUGGUACAAUACCUGAAAGAGAUGGUGAUAAAUUGUUCAAUACUUGCACUAUCUGGGGACCUGAUGGGACUCUGAUAGCGAAACAUCGGAAGAUACACUUAUUCGAUAUUGACAUCCCUGGCCAAAUUACUUUUCGCGAGAGUGAUUCACUCAGUUCUGGUAAUUCUCUGACGAUGUUCGAAGUGAAGAAUUGCAAAAUUGGUAUUGGCAUUUGUUAUGAUAUUAGAUUCGAGGAAAUGGCACGCAUUUAUCGAAAUAAAGGUUGCCAAAUGCUGAUAUAUCCGGCGGCAUUCAAUUUAACCACUGGACCACUGCAUUGGUCAUUGCUUCAGCGUUCCAGAGCGAAUGACAAUCAAUUAUACGUCGCUAGUAUAUCUCCGGCUCGGAAUCCUUCGGCCAGUUAUGUCGCAUGGGGUCACACACAGUUAACUAGUCCCUGGGGAGAAAUUCUUCAUGAUCUGGAAACUCAUGAGAGCAUGGUGGUCACCGAUAUUGAUUUGAAAGUUGUUGAAGAAGUAAGGGCUCAAAUACCCUUGUUUCAUCAGAGACGUACCGAUUUGUAUGACACUAUCUGGAAAAAAGAUUAAUUCUAUACUGAAACAUAAAAUCAUAUUUUUAAUUUUUAAUGUUUCAAUAAUAUUAAGAAUACUAUAAAGGAUGUAACGUGAUAUAGAAUCCAUUUUAUAUUGCAUCGAACAUAUUAUGUUAUAUCCCGCAUCAACAUACAUACAAUAUACAAUUAAGAACACAAAUAGAUGUAUAUGUAUAAUUUUAAAUAUCUUUAUUAUCGAUUAAAGAAAUUAUUAUAAUCUGUGAUGGAUUUAAAAUGAUUAUUCAUACAUGAAAGGCCUCUUGAUGAUUAAAUGAUAACCUCACAAUCAAGGUAGUUCUCGUAUAAUGGCCUACACACGAUGAAACAUUGCGUAUCACUUUUAGGUUUUAUAAUGCAAAUUAAUGUAGUAUGUAUAAACUGAUAUUAUAUCGAUUUUAGAUGCAAGUUGGAUCGAUAUAUUGAUUUAACAAUAAGUAUACCGAUCCUUAUCAGUGAGCAAGCCCGAUAUUGAUAUAGAUUUCAACGUGGGUAGGCUAGUUAUCGUAUAUGUAGCAAUAUUAAAUCUAUAUAAAUCGAUCUAAAUAUUUACAUUCAAAUAGAUUAAUAACACUUUUUAUAUGUAAACAUUAGUUCAAAAUUACAAGCUUAGAGAAAUUGGUCGAUUAAUAAUGAUUAAUUCAAUGUCUCGAUAGAAGGUUAAAGAGAGCAAAAACGUGAAAACACACUGUUAAUAUAAUA